AUGUCUCUCCCCGAGAACACGACCGUGCUUAUUGUUGGUGCAGGCCCCGCAGGUCUCACAACUACUCUUUCUCUCAUCCACUACGGGUGCCAUGACUUCGUUAUCGUGGAUGCCGUAGGCGAAGGACUGAAUGCAUCGAGGGCGAUCACCAUACACUGUGCAACCGUCGAGGCUUUAGCCAGUAUUGAUGCAGCAGAUGGCUUACUGUCUCGAGCCAUCAAGGGAAAGAGCAUCAGAAUCACAUCUCGUACUUUGCAGAUCUUUGACGCCACAUUUGACCCUCUAAAGAAACAUUCCGUCCACCCUUACGCGCUCUAUAUCCCUCAAAAUGUCACCGAGUUUGUGCAGCGUCCGCACAGGGUAGUAGGAAUGAAACAGAAUGAGAAGGACUCUCGCAUCACUGAUGUGUCCUUUGAGGACGGUCAAGUUAUCAGGGCUAGAUAUAUUAUCGGGGCAGAUGGCGCCCGCUCAAUCAUCCGUACCGUCGCUGGUAUCGGGUUCUCUGACCCAGAAGGCCCAGACCUAACCAAUAACCUAUUGGCUCAGAUGGUCUCUGCAGAUGUCACAUUCGAGCCUGAACCUGUCGGUCCAUUCACCCUGGAGGGCCACCUCAACGCCACAGUUUUUUCAGGCAAUAUCUUUUUUCUUGCACCGUUUGGCAACCACUUCAACACCGAACUGACACGAGAUGGAAAGCCCACUACGAAAUCCAUCUUUCGUGUAGCUUGUGCCAUACCUGCAAAGAACGGAGAGCCCCCCCAUACUCCACCGAAAGAGUACAUCCAGAACUUAAUUGACUCAUACGGGCCAGCGUGUAUAACAUCGGAUCCGUCUCUUAACCCGAGACCUGUCAAAGUCGACCAGCUGGUCUGGUCGACACGUUUCAGAACCCAUUCUGCCAUCGCAGACCGUACCUUCACGCGUCUCGGAGCCGCCAUUUUUCUAGUCGGCGACGCAGCCCAUAUACAUUCACCUGCGGGCGGGCAAGGCAUGAACCUGGCCAUCAGGGACGCGAUCUUCCUCGCAGAGGCUGUCACGAAACACAUUCAAGCGUCUGCAGAGGAUCCCGAUGUGGAUGAUACCAUUUUGCAGGAAUUUGCGGAGGCGCGUCAUGCACGAGCGCUAGAAAUCAUCGGCUUUACCAAGACGCUUUUGAAACUCGCAAGUCUUACGUAUGAUUCAUAUGCUUGGUGGAUGCCGUUCAGUUGGGCGUCCAUCCGCGAUUUAGUGCUAAGAAUAUUGAGGGGAUAUGAUUUCGUGCAGUCGAAGGUUGCAUGGGGUCUGAGUGGGCUUGGGAGACGAAUAUAUGUAAAAGUAUCAAAUAUUCCAGAGUGGUACUUGAAUGUGCUCUUGAUCAAGGGGAGGGAGGGAGGGAGGAAGGGAGGGAGAGGUGGCAGACUACAGGCUGAUUCUCAUGAAGACAGCGAGCGCAAUUGA